GAAGCCGUGAGCAGAAAAGAGGAGCGGCGACUUGUCGAACUGAUGGCCUUCCGUGGACUGAGCCUGCUAAGCGGAGAAUCUCAGUGGCUGGAUGACGGGGUGAUGAGAUAAGCAUAAAGACGGUGGCAACUCAGACAGCUAGCGGUGGCGUUAAAAGAGAAAAUAAGCCUUUAAGCAGGGACUGGGGUAGAAGGGGGGGGUGGAAGGAAACGAAGGCGGAAAUAGGAAACCACAACUCCCAGGAGGCCUAGCGCCGAGUCCCGGUGUCCUCGGCCGCGAAGCCGGAUGGGACGAGUAGUAGUUUUGCUUCCAACAGCUUAACUCGAAAUUAAGAGGUUGGAAGUUCUGAGGCCUGGCGCGCCUGGAGUAGGAGAGAGAUGGAACUGGAGCAGAGAGAGGGGACCAUGGCAGCCGUAGGCUUUGACGAGUUCUCAGCGCCGCCAGGCUCAGAGCUGGCGCUGCCUCCGCUUUUUGGCGGUCACAUUCUCGAGAGUGAACUAGAGACAGAAGUGGAGUUUGUGUCUGGCGGUUUGGGCGGCCCAGGGCUCCGGGAGCGAGAUGAAGAGGAAGAGGCAGCCCGGGGUCGGAGGCGGCGCCAGCGGGAACUAAAUCGCAGAAAGUACCAGGCUCUAGGUCGCCGGUGCCGGGAGAUCGAGCAGGUAAAUGAGCGGGUCUUAAACAGGCUCCACCAGGUGCAAAGGAUAACUCGGAGACUUCAGCAGGAGCGGAGGUUCCUCAUGAGAGUGCUCGACUCCUAUGGGGAUGAUUACCGGGCCAGCCAGUUCACCAUCAUGCUGGAGGAUGAGGGCAGCCAAGGCACAGAUGCCCCCACCCCAGGCAAUGCCGAGAAUGAACCCCCAGAGAAAGAGGGGCUGUCCCCACCCAGAAGGACUCCGGUACCCCCAGAACCCAGCAGCCCAGCCCCAGGCGAGGGGCCCAGUGGGCGGAAGAGGCGGCGAGUACAACGGGAUGGACGCCGAGCAGGAGCUGCACUGACUCCAGAGCUGGCCCCAGUACAGAUUAAGGUUGAGGAAGACUUUGCCUUUGAAGCAGAUGAGGCUCUGGAUUCCAGUUGGGUUUCUCGGGGGCCAGAUAAACUGCUGCCCUACCCUACCCUAGCCAGCCCACCCUUUGAUUGAACCACUAAUAAACUGACCCCCACAUUUACCUUC